UCAUUCGUUCGGCUCCCGCUGCAUGACAAACCUCCCUUAGCCGCCAAGCAAGCGAAGAAGACGCUACACAGAAAUGGCGGUUACGACGAGUACUAAGGCAUGAGGUUGCUAAACGCCUUUUACGUGGAUCGGACACAUCUAAAUGCUGGGAAAAUGACAUCGGCGUCGAAGUAGGACACCCGUCGAGGCGGCCACUGCAGAGCUCCCCCAACGUCUCCCCGGGAGAGUUUUCGUCUUGUCCGAUGAGGAGAGCAAAUCUCACCGGGAGCAUGGCUUCUUACGGCAACCAGUAUAUCUUUGGAGAAUUCAGCCCGGAUGAGAUCAAUCAGUUCUUUGUGACUCCACGAUGUUACGUCGAGCUUCCACCGUUCAACGACAAAGCGCCUUGUGUCAGCCAAUCUUCCGGAGGUUACUGCCCUCCUGCUGUACCAUAUAUAAUGGAGUCAAUGGGACUGCAGGGUUGCGGUGAUGACUAUCAGCACAUUAAAUUUGGUGUUGAUGAGGUCAUGGACUCCAAGCCCGUCGUCGGUGGCGUGAACGACUCUUUGUACAAAGUGUCGAGUACCCUGAACCCACAGGCUCCAGAGUUCAUCCUGGGCUGCCAGUCAGCCCAGAAGACCCAACAGACAACGACUCCGGUGGGCGACGCCACAGAUGGAAGCCACUUCAACUCUGAGGAUGGGCCCGACUCUGAGGCCUCGGCCCUGGACAAUCAUCAGGUGUGCCAGGACAUGGACGGGAUGCCUGGUGGCCCGGGACAGCGAGAGAGGAAGAAAAAGAAAAAGCGGCCCCCGGGGUACUACAACUACCUGGACCCAUCAGCCGGCGGCACCAACAGCAUCAGCGCUGCAGAUGGGACGCCUGUGACAGCACUGGUGAAUGGACACGCAAUGGGCGUAUCGCAACAUCAUGCCGAGGAUGCAGACUGUCAGACUUUAUCGGGGGGCGGCCUUUCCUCUCUGGGUGUCGUCUCCACGCCGACAGCUGCUCCGACGGCCAAAUUCACUGCCAAUCAGAGAACUUGUGAUAGCCCCGAUGACUCAUCAUCGGACAUGAAAAGUGGGGCCGCCUCUUUAUCAGAUGGCACCAUUGCAACUUCCCCCUCUUCUUCGGCCUCAUGUCAAAGCAGAAGCGUGACUGAGGGAUCAAGGACUGCAGAUGAGCAGCCAGAUCAGUUGGCUCCACAGAGUCCUGAACUUCCAGGUAGUCCACGGAGCCCCCGCUCCAAGUCACCUCUUCCUGCUUCUGCUGCUAUGACGAUUGAACCCGAGGCGGGGGAGGUGACCGACAGUAACGGGUUGGCAGACUCUGGCACUCCGGUCGGUGCAGAUGGACACAAGGAAGACUGUGAGAGUGACGAUUUGACCCCCGCGCAGGCUUCUCCACACUGUGCUGCCCAAACAAAAGUGGCAAAGUCGUCGCAUUCGCCCGCAGUUCCUGCUGCGCCUACGACUAACCCACCCAAAUCUUGGGCUAGCCUCUUCCACAACUCUAAGCCCCUUCCUGGCAGCCCUCCGGCCUUUGUGGAGGUUAAGAAUGCCGUGGACGUUGUUGCCCCUCCCCUCCUGACACCAGAGACACCCGAGGAAAAGCUUGUUGAGGUCAAGGAAGGCCCUGUCCCUGUAUCAGAGGACCCUAUGGCUCCUAAACUUGCAGAACUUAUUGAGAAUGUCAAGUUGAUACACAAACCAGUGUCUUUGCAGCCGAGAGGACUCGUCAACAAAGGAAACUGGUGCUAUAUCAACGCUACUCUCCAGGCCCUGAUCGCGUGUCCUCCCAUGUAUCACCUGAUGAAGUCCAUUCCUCUACAAAAUGAAACACAGAGGCCGUGCACCUCCACACCCAUGAUAGAUAACUUUGUGAAGCUGGUGAAUGAGUUCACAAACAUGCCGGUGCCGGCGAAACCCAAACCAGCUGUUGGCGAUAAGCUGGUGAAAGACAUUCGGCCAGGCGUUCCCUUCGAGCCGACGUACAUCUACAGACUCCUCACGCUCAUUAAGUCCAGUCUCUCGGAAAAGGGUCGACAGGAAGAUGCAGAGGAAUAUCUUGGCUUCACUCUAAACGGGCUGCACGAAGAGAUGCUGGCUUUGAAAAAACUAAUCUCGCCUGAGGAAGAGAAAUACCCGACGGCCAACGGCCCAGAGUCACUGCCUGGUGUGGAGGAAGACGACGCUGACAAGGAUGAAGAGGGGAGCGAGGACGAAUGGGAGCAAGUUGGCCCCCGCAACAAGACUUCUAUCACUCGCCAAGCCGACUUUGUUCGCACGCCCAUCACUGACAUAUUUGGAGGACACAUUAGGUCGGUGGUCUAUCAGCAGAACUCUAAGGAGUCAGCCACUCUGCAGCCCUUCUUUACGCUGCAGCUUGAUAUCCAGUCCGAGAAGGUCCGCACAGUCCAGGAGGCCCUGGAAACGCUCGUCGCCCGGGAGUCGGUCCAGGGCUACACUUCCAAGAGCAAGCAGGAGAUUGAGGUCAGUCGGAGGGUGACUCUGGAGGAGCUGCCCCCCGUCCUCGUGCUCCAUCUCAAGAGAUUUGUCUUUGAGAAAACUGGAGGCUGUCAGAAACUCAACAAGAUCAUCGAGUACCCUGUUGACCUUGAAAUAAGCAAAGACUUGCUGUCUUCUGGAGUGAGGAGCAAAGUUGUGAAAGGCCAAAGAACGUACAGGCUGUUUGCAGUGGUCUAUCACCACGGGAACAGUGCGACAGGCGGUCACUACACCACGGAUGUCUUCCACAUCGGUCUCAACGGUUGGCUGCGCAUCGAUGACCAGGCGGUGAAGGUGAUCAACCAGUACCAGGUGGUCAAGCAGAUUGCAGAACGCACUGCUUACCUGCUGUACUACCGCCGCGUUGACCUCUUGUAGUCGCGCACGCACGCACGUCGACAACGGAGCAGGCGACAAGCAUACAUGCAUAAGCUCACAAAUACAUGCCUAACGCAGCUCCCCUCAUCCUACACGUGACACACACAAACACACAUGUGGAACAUAUGAUGAACAGGAACACUGCCCGACUUUGUUCUCUUGCAAGAUUUUUCCUCCUCUUCCCUUGUGUCCUUGCUUCCUUGAGAGCCAGCUUUUCCAGCACCUCUUCCCAAGAGGAGACACAAGUUGCAUUCAGCAAGAAUUCCUUGCAACGGCUCACUCUUCUCUGUGCACCACUGCUGUCGUUUUCUGUUCUUUUCCCCGGACUUAAAAAAAAAUACAUGAAAAGAAUAGUCGGUUCAGAUGGAGAACUGCAAACUGGACUGUUGGAGUAUUUUCUCUCCACUGAGCGGAUUCACCAGGAAUUAUCAGUGUUGGCUUUUUUUCAUUUGGCGAGCUGCAGUGAAAAGGCCCAUUAUUGAAUGAGCGCAUUGACCAGGACUAGCACCAGCAUCAUCAUCAUCAUCCCAAGCCUGCUUGUCUCCUCUUCCUCAUCCAGGUACAGGUUGAGCCCUCACGCACAGCGAGGGCUGGGCUGCACGUAAUCUGAAGUGAACACUCCCUGGGUUUUUACGUCGACAGAGUAUCUCAACAAAGUCUUUAUUGCGUUUUAGAAUUGUGACGGCAAGCUUUCUGUGUAUUACGAUAAUGUGGCAGGUAUAUUUGCAACUAUUUAGACUAAAAUGUCCCGAAAAAAAGAAAAA